AUGCACUCGAAAGGUGUGCUUCGUUCCCUUCUUUUCAUCAGUGCCGUGGGCAUUGCUCAGGCAUGGCAAGCUUCUGCUGCGGGCGACGUAAUGGAACCAAGCUAUCCCGAGCGAUGCUACCCAGACCCCUGUAAGGGCAUUAUCUCUACCAAUGAAUCAUAUGUCUGCGGCAACGACACCCUUGGUCCUGUCCAGCUUCCUCGGAAUUUCCCCUUAUCAACUGAACUCGCCACCUACGCCCGUUUUGGCGAUCUGUGCCCGUACGAGUUCCUUGCAAAAUGGACCUGGCCCAACGGAUCCUACCAUUAUCCUGACGCUGAGGGAUUUGUGAUCAAUGACGAUGGGCAGCCCGUCGAGGCUGAAGUGACACUUCCCGUUGGCCGAAAGAUUGAUCGCUUUGGAAAUCCAGGGGGGAACUUCUUCAGUCCGUUGGGUGCGCCGUAUAUUGAGAGAGCGCUACCUCCUCGCAACUUGAACAACAGUGAUGGCAAUUACCCGUACAGCUAUCAUGUCUACGAGGUAAUCAAGGAGCUGAAAGUCACACUCGGGCCCAUUGCCCCGUGGUUUGAGCAGCCAGGAAUGGGAACGCAGUUUAAGACCAAUAGUUCUGCUACGCAACUCAUUACAGACCAGUUUCUCAAGGAGCUUCCCAGGUCGGAGUAUGAUCAACGUGAAGAUUUUGCAGACAAUUACACACCUGGUCCAAACUCCUGAUUUGGUUUGAAUGAAGGAGACUUCUGAUGGAGGAGAAGACGAUAUGCUUUUAAGGAUGGGGAUGUCGAAACUUUGUGGAAAUACA